AUGAAGGCUUCGUAUUUUUGGUCAACUGUUCUGAUCGCGUUGUCCGUGAGCGGAACGAACGCUGUCGAUGAUGUUGGAGGUCAACCAGGAACUAUCCCAGCCGAGUUUCCUCCGCUCCUUGGAGGCAACUCUCCAUGGUUUCCAGGUCCAAACGUAACUGAAAUUCCGUACGAAAUCCCUGAGGGAUGCACCAUCGACAUGGCCUCGGUAACCAGCCGCCACGGUUCUCGUUAUCCCGACCCAGCUGUUUACAAACAAUGGCUGGGCCUUCGAUCUAAAAUCCAGAACUCUUCCGCCACAGGCCAGGGUGUGCUCUCUUUCAUCUCUACCUGGAACCCCGCCCUACAAAAUCCAAGCCAGGUCCUCACUCAGCUGUCCGUCGGCGGUUACAAGGAGCUAUACGAUAUGGGCAUCACAUACCGCUGGAGAUAUCCUGGCCUAUAUACCGACAACGCGCCCUUUAUUCUAUGGGCAAAUGCAUUUUUCCCGACCUCGCCAAGAGUGAUCGACUCCGCAAAGCUCUUUGCUCGUGGAUUCAUAGGCCCUAACGCAACUACACUUGGAACAGUGUACGUAUUGAACAAUACAGAUCCCCGAGGUCUUGCAAACUCACUCGGCGUGUCCGAUUUAUGUCCCGCCUACAACGAUACCAUGGGCGGACCAGCAGCCGUCACGUGGGCGAACAUCUACCUUCCGCCUAUUGUGGCGCGGAUCAACGCCCUCACGACACCCAAGGGAGCCGUCAACUUCAAUACCACGGAUGUAGCCAUGAUUCCCCUACUAUGUGGCUUCGAGAGCGAAAUGACCGGCAAAAGGAGUCCAUGGUGCGACGUCUUCACUGAAGAAGAACUCCAAGCUUACGAAUAUUCUCAAGACCUUCGCUUCUACUACGGCCACGGACCCGGGUCUCUCAAAAACAGCACAUUCAUGCUUCCUUUCCUCUCAGCCCUAGUCUCGCGCUUCGUUGAUGGACCAAACAAAACGUACACUUCCAGCGACGGCACUGCAUUUACCCCUCCCCGUUUUAUCGCAACCUUCACCAACGACGCUCAGAUCAAUCAACUUGUUAGCCAAAUCGGCGUCUUCGACGGUCAAACACCCCUUCCACCGAACCGGAUCCCCGAUAACCAGAGAUACAUCUCAUCCCGGUACGUAACCAUGCGCGGCACCAUUGGCUUUGAGCGACUCACCUGCACCGGAAAUGGGAACCGCGGCCAGGCAUCGGGCCAGUUUCUCCGCAUUAUCCUUAACGAGGUCGUAUACCCUGUCGUGGGCUGCGACUCGGGACCUGGCCGCUCAUGUCCAUUGCCGGAGUACGCGCAGCUCGUGGCGCAGAAGCAAGCCCAGGCGGGUGGUUUCGUGGAUGCUUGUUUUGGAGCUAACCAAACCGCUGCGAAGUUGGCGUUGGCAAAGGCGGGCAUCACCGGCAUCCCAAAGACGACUUUCUUGUCGGACUUGGCUGUGCCAUUUGCAUUUGUAGUCAAACCAUGA